AAACGGAAAGUACUUUCUAUUCACUCACAACAAGAAAUGACCAAAAAAUUAAUUUCAAAAACUCAUUGAUAUUUUGUGAAAAGUGAGGAAUAGACGCACAAAACAAACCACAACUUAAAUCAAACCUAAACUUUAAGGCAAUAACUACACUAAAACCAAAAUGAAUUUGAUAUUAUUGGUGGUCAUAGUUGCCACUUAUGGGACGAGUGUGUGUAGAGCUGCGGCCAGAAAGUGCGAGAUGACUGAGGCUCAGGCGGAGUCGUGUGGGGCCAAAAUGAUGAUUUUGAACGAUAACGUGACGCUACCCGAGACCGAGACAGAGAUUGAGACCCGAUGUAAGGACAUUGAGUCAGGUAUUGAGUGCUUCAAAAAAUACGCCAAUACAUGUCUGGAUCCGAUGGCCAGUCGUGUGAUGACUAUGGUUAGCCGCAAUGGCAAGAAAAUGUCCGACAAGAUAUGCAAAGAGCAACCCGGCAGAAUCGGGUUAGCUGAAGUGAGUAAUGACGACCGGAUUCCGACCGUUUGCUGCUCUUUCCAUAUGUUGAAAGAGUGUCUCAAAAGUGAGGGCCAAAAGGCAUGCGAUAAACCAGAAUCAGUGAAUUACAUCGAGGGGUUGGCCACCGGUGCGACGGGAGAUUUAGUGAAGUUUGUUUGCGGCAAAUUCAAGAGUGUCGCCGAUUGUGACGCCAAAAUGGAGUCCAAUUCGUGGCAAAAACUCAAAGAUCUGGUGGCCAGCGAUGACCCGGCGGUGAUCAAGUCCAUGAAAAAGUACCCAACUCCUUUUGCCGCUCUCAAGGACAUGCUCAAGAAAAUUAAAAAUUAAAACUUGCUU